AUGGGAUCUAAAUGCAGAAUUUGCAAGAAGAAACUCAUUGAUGAUUUUGAGAAAAAUAAAUAUUUAAUUUCGCGUUCCCCAUCCCCAUUUACUUCCCCACAAUCCUCUCCCCACUUUUUCCCACCCUCAACUCCAAAUAUUCCCAUCCCUAAAAUUCCUCCACCUCCUCCACCACCACAACUUAAAAUUCUUCUUAAUCUCAUUCCUCCUCCUCCUAUACCACCACAACUUCCACCUUUUCUUCAUUUCUUUCCUCCUCCUCCGUCUCCUCCAUCACCACAACUUCCAUCUCCUCUUCAUCUUCUUUCUCCUCCUCCACCAUCACCACAACUUCCACCUCUGACUCUUCUCAAUCUCCUCGUUUUUCCUCCACCACCACCGUCUUAUUUAAAUUAA